AUGGAAAACACAAUUCCUUCGGCAAAAUUUAAUCAAUACCCUAUAAUUGUAACUUAUUCUCCAACGAAAGGUCGUUAUUUUGUUGCAAAAAGGGAUAUAGCAUUAGGUGAAGUCGUAUUGAAGUGUCUUCCAUUAUCAACGGCCCCGUUUGACAAUCACAGAAAACGAUAUUGUUAUACAUGUAAAAUAUAUAAUCCUUUUUCAAAUUCAUUUAAAUUUUAUUGUAAAUCUUGUGAUCUUUGUUAUUUUUGCGAUCAUGAGUGCUUUAACCAAUGCUUUCCUAUAGAACAAAAAAUUGAUGAAAAAAAUUUAAAAGAUAGUGAUGAAAAAGUUAUAUGCAACAAAGCCCUCUUUUUGAAACAUGAACUAACUUGUAAUAUAUCAAGAAAAUUUUCAUCAUGGAAUAUUAAUGAUAAACAUAUGAAAAGUGUUGUGAGAUUAUUAGUACAAAUUUUGGCAGAGAGAUUAAUAGAAAAGAGUGAUUCAAAAGAGAAAAUAGAUAUUGAGAAAGAAUCUUCAAUUAAUAAUAAUGAAAGCUCUCCAAAAUUAAAUGAACAAACGUCCUCUGUCUUUAUUUCAAAAAAUUCCGACUUUUCGAUUACUUUAAAAAAUAAUUUUCAAGAUUUUUUGCUCUUACAAUCCCAUUAUUUAAAUUGGCCAAAUGAUAUUAAACGAGAUUGGCUAAAACAUGAAAAAUUUUUGAUGAAUUUGUUUAAGUCAUCAAAGUUACUUGAUGAAGAUGCAAAAUUUGAAGACCUCUUACACAUGGUCUCAAAAAUCGAGAACAAUGGGUUUGGUGUGUAUUAUAAGUGUAAGGGAAAGAAUGUUUUGUUUGGCAGAGCCAUAUAUCCAUACGCAUCCUUCUUUAAUCAUUCUUGUGACGCGAAUUGUGACGCAAUUCAAGACAAUUGUGAUAACGAUAAAGAUGAAACACAACUGUCAACUCUAAUAGAUGAUGAAUCAAAAUUAUCGUGUAAUAGUAAAAAAUUGCGUGGUGAAAUGAAGUUUGUUGCCCGAGAAGAACUUACAAUUUCUUAUAUACAAGAUGAGAACGGCUUAUUGCCACUUCAAUCACGCAGACAGAAACUUCUAAGUGAAUAUUAUUUUUUGUGUCAAUGCUCUAAAUGUAUUAUAGAUGAAAAACAGUAUAGAAAAAAAAGUAAAAAUACCAAGAAUAGAAAUGUAACAUUAAACACGUAA